AUGUCUGAACCCGAACCCCGCCGAUCCGUCAGGGCGACGAAAGGCCAACAUAAGGCGCUGGAACAGCUCGAUCAGCCGAUCGAAGCUCCCAAGCGACGCGGCGGAAACAAGAAGGGCAAAAAGGCCGCGCCGGAGCCAGAAGAGCCCGAGGAGGAAGUCAUUCGUUGCGUCUGCGGCGCUACAGAGCAAGACGAGGAUUCGGGCGAACCGUGGAUCGCAUGCGACCAGUGCGGCGCUUGGCAACAUAACAUCUGCAUGGGCAUGAGCCAAUACACGGAGGAUUUACCUAAGGAGUACUUCUGUGAGCUGUGCCGGCCUGAGAACCACAAGGAGCUACUCUCCGGAGUGGCCAAAGGGGAGAAGCCCUGGGAAACGCGCCGCAAAGUCUAUGAGGAGGAGAAGGCCGAGAAAAAGAAGAAGGGGCCAAAGAAGGGCAAGAAGCGGACGAGUGAUCUGAGGGAAGACGCCGCAUCGCAGAAAUCCAAGCAAUCACCGCCGCCGCCGCCUUCAUCCGAAUCCAAGAAGGAUGUCAAAGGCCCUGGCUUGAAGCGCAAGAACGGCGAUGCUCCUCAAGAAAAGGAUGCGAAGAAGAUACGAAGGACGAACGACGUGCAGUCUCCCCCUGUCCCAGGAUAUACACCACCAGCGGACCUUCAGACCAAGAUUUCGGCACUUCCGGACACCCGCCAAGGGCCUGCGAAAGCGUUGUUGAAGGCAUUGGUCGCUUCGGUGACGGCCGCCGAGAAGGAUGGUGUUGUUGGCUCGGAUACCUUGUCAGCGGCUGAUCGCGCUGAGCAGUUUGCGCUCCAGAUCGAGCGUGCGGUUCAUGACACUCAUCCGACUACGGCUACAUAUGCCGGGCAGAUCCGAACGCUUGCGUUCAACCUCAAGAGCAACCCUGAGCUUACGACGAGGCUUAUUAACCGGACAUUGACGCCUCCUAUGCUGGCGUCCAUGUCGACUGAGGAGCUGGCGUCGAAGGAGCUGCAGAAGGAGACUGCUGAGAUGCUGGCGAGGGCAGAGAAGCAGGCUAUUAAGAUUACCGAGGAUGCUCCCCGUGUGCGAAGGACCCAUAAGGGUGACGAGGUGAUUGAGGAUGAUCACUUCAUUACAACUGAAGAAGGGCCGUCUGCCCCCGUCAGCAGGCCCAGCGGGACGAAGCAAGAGGCCAAGGAAACGUCCGAGCCCCUAGCACACGCCAGACACCGGUCCAUUAGCGGCCAGGCGGGCGAAGCGCAACAGUCACCGACAAGAUCCGACUUUGACCUGAACAAGGUGUUUUCCACCGUUAAAUCGCCCACCGCUCCCCAAGGCCCACACCGAGCUUCGUUCGCUGCUGCUCCGCCUGGAGGUCCUGGUGAAGAUGCGGAUGUCGAUCGUAUGCUGGACGACGGAACUCAAUCUCCACCAUACUCCCCCAAGGAAGAGAGCGACCCGGAUGUGGUGUGGCGGGGCAAUGUCGUCAUGAACUCCAUCGCCGAAGUUCAGGUGGCUGCGAAGCAUAUGGGAGGCGCGAAUUUGAGCGAGACCAUUGACUUGGCCUGGGACAAGCUGCUUCCGCGUACCUUGAGCGUCUGCGGCCGUAUUGAUCAGCAGCAGGCGAUCGUGUAUCUCUGCGGGUUGCGGUACAGUCUGCCUACCGAUGUUGUGGUGGUCAGCCUGGAGCCUACCACGCAUGCCGCGAAGGCUGGGAUGCAGAAGCUCAUUGACUACUUCGUAUCUAAGAAACGGUACGGUGUGGUGGGCGACAAGGGUGUUGCAAACGUGCGCGAUACGUACCUGGUACCUGUCCCAGCUGGGACCGGCAAUCAGCCCGAGUUCAUGCUCAACCUGGCGGACAACUUCAUUCCCGAGACGAGGACGGAGCCAUUGAUGCUUUGUGUCAUUGUGUAUCGUAACGACCCGGAAACCAUCCAGCGUAUCCAUGGCACAACGGAAAUCAACCAUCCGGCGAAACUGGCUCAGCCUGCGCUUCACGCACACUCUCCGGGCACGCCGACGCCUAUUCAAGGGGGGUUCUCAGCACGGCAAUCCAUCUCGGCCCCGGCGUUCUCGCCGACUUCCCCUCAAGGCUCGUUCCCUCAGUACCCGUCGCCCAGAAUGCCGACGCCAUCUCAGCAACAGCCGCCUUCGCAGCCCGCGCCCCAACCUCCCAGACGCGCACCGAGUACGGAUGAGCUCCAACGACAAGGCGAAGCCACUGCCCGGGAGGUUUUGGGACACUUAAUCACCAGCCCUACGGUCACUUUCUUGCUCCCACAAGCUCAUAUGAUGGCGCGGAGAGAGUGGGAAUUGAUCAAGGGCAUCUACGAAACAGAUCCGAGGACCCGUGAUGAACUUCCGUACCUCAGCAGUAUUCUCGAGAAACAGGGCCAGCAGCAGCAGCAGCAGCAACAGCAGCAGCAGCUGCAACAACAACAACGUCAGCAGCAGGGGCAACCUCAAGGUAUCCCCCAACACCGAGGAGCGCCACACCCUCAGCAGCCCCAGCAACACCGGCCACAAACUCAGAACCAGCCCCCAGUACAAGCCCAGCCUCAACGUCAGUCUCCCCCUCAGCCUCUUGCGCACCAUCACCAGCAGCAACCCCACCCCGUUCGGACUACGCCGAUCCCACCGCCCCCCAUUCCGCCGGCCCCUUCUACCGGACCACCGCGGCAAACCCCUAUUCCGCCGCCCCCGAUCCCGCCUCAGGCGGCGACAAGCUCUGGGGCUCCGCCGGCUUAG